UGAAGCGCGUCUCCAAAACGCGAAUUGUUCAUACUGCGGUGGGAAUGGGAACGAUAGCUUCCUUCAAGAUAAAAAUCUGCCCGGAAAAAUAUCAAAGAACGGCUAGAGAGCAGUAACAGACGCCCAGUCCCGCUUCUUUUCGCGGCAAUGUCCCGGCCAUGUCUGCGAACGUCUCGCUACCCUCACGCUUCACGUUUCUCCUCGAAUCUCGCCGUCUCCGUCGCGAGUACUGCACUGCCCAUGCUCUGGAGCACAUUGGUUCCUCGAGGAUUUCCUCGGGAACCCCUCCGCGUUCGAUAUGCGGUCGAGUCAGAUUUUUAGGCAGAUCACUCAGACGAAGGAAGAGAGUAACCACUGGUGUUUCUGCCGAUUCCCCUGAGAAUUUGAUCGCCGAUGGUGGUGGUAGUUCCGGUAGUGAUGACUUAGAGGAAGCGAGGAAUAUGGUCUUUGAUAUUUUUGUAGGUUUAGGGGUGUCGAAGAACGAAGCGAUAGAGAUUUCGUCGAAAUGUCCGGCAUAUAUUCAGACACUUGUUGGAAAUGUCAGAGAAUUGGACGAAUCUGGGUUAUGGAACUCGUGGCAAAUUGAAGAGGGGGAGGCGGGUAGCCUCGGUUUCCGAAAGAAGGUCUGGUACGUAGCUAAAGAGAAAGGAGAUAAUGGUCUAAUCCCUUUCUUGGAGAGCAUUGGUUUGAGCUCUUCCACCUCCACAUACGUUGCGCGUUACUUGUCCGGGAAGGUCGGGCUCGUCGAGCUUGUAGAGAAGGUUAAGUUUGUGAAAGAAAUAUUGUUUUCUGAACGGGACCGAGUGAAAUUGAUUGGAAAGAAUGCUCGUCGCAUGAUGAAGCACUUCUCUAUUUCUGCUGAUGAUGAUGUUCAAAGAACUCUGUCAUACUUUGAGAAGAUGGAAGCCAGGCGUGGAGGAUUAAACAUGUUGGAUCAAGGGGAUGCCUCUUUUCCUUAUCUUAUUGAAUCUUUUCCUCGUGUACUUUUGCUGUCAAUUGAUUCCAGUAUCAAGCCGUUGGUGCAAUUUUUUGAAGAAGCUGGUGUGCCAAAAGGACUGAUUGGAAUGAUAAUCUUACUAUUUCCUCCCACUAUCUUUUACAACAUCGAGAAGGAUAUUAUCCCCAGAAUAAAGUUUUUUGCAAGGGUCGGCAUAGAGGACAAAGAAAUGGGAAAGCUGCUGGUUAAGUACCCUUGGAUUCUCUCAAAUUGUAUCCAAAAAAACUAUGGAGAAAUUGUCUUCUUACUUAGUGCAGAAAAGGUGCCAAAAGCCAGUAUCACUGGUGCGAUCAAAAGCUGGCCUCAUAUAUUAGGAUGUUCAACUGGAAGGAUGAAGUUGGUGCUAACACAGUUUGUUGAUUUGGGGGUUAGAAGCCAAAAGUUUGCACAUAUUAUUUCUUCUAGUCCUCAAUUGUUGCUGCAGAGACCUCAAGAGCUCUUGAAGGUGGUCACCUUCAUGGAAGAACUUGGUUUUGAAAGUAGAGAUAUAGGAAAGCUUCUCUGUCGUUGCCCAGAAAUUUUUGCUGCCAAUAUUGAGAAUACAUUGAAGGAGAAGAUCAGAUUCAUUACUGAUCUUGGUAUUCCUGAAGACCACUUCCCACGAGUUAUCAGAAAGUAUCCUGAAUUUCUUGUAUGCAGUAUACAUAACACGCUAAAGCCACGGAUGGACUAUUUGAUGAAGGUAGGGUUGUCAAGAAAGGAAGUGGCUUCAAUUGUUUACAGAUUUUCUCCUUUACUUGGUUACAGCAUUGAAGGAGUAUUGAAGCCGAAGCUGGAAUUUCUUGUAUAUAUCAUGGAUAAACCAAUCAAAGAAGUCGUGGAAUAUCCUAGAUAUUUUAGUUAUUCCCUGGAGAAGAGAAUCAAACCGAGGUUUUGGGUUGUCAAACGCAGGGACCUGCAAUGUAGCUUGAGAGAAAUGUUGGGGAAAAAUGAUGAAGAUUUUGCAGCAGAAUAUUUAGGCAUAAGUAGAAUGCUUGUUCCACCAGACUCUUGAUCGUUUCUGAUAAAUCUGCAAUUUCUUUUA